AUGCGGGUUGCGACGUUGGUUCCGGACAUCCAGUUCAGCACUGCCUCUCCAGCUAGCUACCACGACUGCUUCCCUAGGCCACCGCUGCCCUCUUCUUCCUUCUCCAAUUUUGUCACCGUUUCAGACCUCAGCUCCCUCACUUUGCGAUUGAGCGGCGUUUUCAUCUCUAAAUCUGCCUUCUUCGUCCGGCCGUUCAAGAUGGCUCUUCGGCCCGUUGUCGCCCGUCAGUCUGCCAUUCAUGCUUCGGUCUGA